AUGCCCCCUUUGUCUAGCAAGCACCGCAGUCCUCCCUCGGUGGGUGAUGACAUCAGGACAGCAGGCGACUCUGAUAUCGACCAGGAUGCCACCGACAACGAGGCCGAGAACGGCGGCGGCGGCGGCGGCGGCGGCGGCGCCACCGCUCCUCCAUCCAAGAAGAAGAAAGGACAACGCUUCUUCUGUACCGACUUCCCCCCCUGCAACCUGAGCUUCACUCGCAGCGAGCAUUUGGCUCGGCACAUCCGCAAACACACCGGUGAACGUCCCUUCCAGUGUCACUGCUCGCGCCGCUUCUCCCGCCUGGAUAACCUGCGACAGCAUGCCCAGACCGUCCAUGUGAACGAGGAGAUCCCCGGCGACUCGCUCGCCGCCACGGGCACCCGCUUCCAGCGCCAGAUCCGCACCGACCGCGUCCGCCCUCAGGGUCGCGCCCGAGCCGGCACGGCGGGCAGUCAGGGUACCCACAGUCGUGGCCACAGUCGCAAUCUAUCCACCUCCAGUAUCGCCUCGACCGCCUCCACCUUCAGUCAGCCGCCGGAAAUCCGUCGUCGACCACCUCCCCUGAUCAUGGCCAACGAUGGAAGUGCCCGCGCCCGCCUCGCUGCCCUCGAUCCCUUGGGCGAACCCCCCAGUACCCCCCCCAGCCAGAUCCGCGGGCCCCCCGCCGCCGUCGUCGGCUCCCCCUACACUCCCUCCCACUUUUUCUCGGCCGGCGGAGGGAGUCCCAACUUCGCCUCUCCCAUGUCCGCCGCCGGCUUCUGGGAUGGCAAGACGGCCGCCCGUCGUCUCUCCGUGCCUAGUGGCACGAAUCCUUUCUCCCCACAUCACCUCCACCUUCACCACCACCAGCAGCAACAGUUUCAACCCCAACACCUUCACAACAAUCCCCAACCCCCCACUACUGCUGCUGCUGCUGCUGCUGCUGCUGCUGCUGCCGCCUCCGCCUACCCUCCGGGAUAUGCUGGCUCAACGACGACAGCACAGUUGAAUGGCGGUGUCUACGCCAGCCCCACCAGUUCCAACUAUUCCCACUCGCGCGAGGAGUCCACCAUCACCGCUCUGACUCCAACCGAGGCCGAGAUGCGGCGACGUACCUGGCAUCCGUCCACCUAUUCGACUUAUAGUCGACCGGCCACCAGUGGGCUCAACCAGUACCAGACCCCAGAGACCGUCCUCCAGCCCGCGUUUGGCGCCAACUCCAACUCGGACCAACAACCGCCGCGACUCCCAGGCAUUGAGAGUUUUGACAAGGUGAUCUCUCAGCAACAACAACAACAACAGCAGCAACGGUCUCUGACCCCUCCACUGCGAAAACAAAGCCCCCUGGCACUUGAGGUGCAGCCCCGUGGAUUCGGAACCGUGUCGUCAUCCUAUCAACCACCUGCAGUCCGUCCCCCACCCCCGAUCUCAGGCCCUGGGCAUCGACGCGGCCAUCUGUCGUGGGACAUGACCCUACAUACCAACCUCACCGGAUUGGACCUACGAGACCGACCCCUGCAGCAGCAGCAGCAGCGCGACGCCUCGCACUGGAGCCAGCAGACCAUCGCCGAGAUCCAGAAUGUCGGAUCCCGCCCAUCAUCAUCCUACCAUCCUCAACAUCAUCGCCACUCGUCCUCGGUGGCCUCCUCCUCGAUGACCAACGGCCUCGAUUCUACCGGUCAACGCCCCCACUCGAGUUCGCACGCUCCCCGCACCUCCCCGGAAGAUUCCAGCAGCAGUGAGGGCGUGCAUACGCCUUCGACGGCAUCUCUCGAGUACCACCCGGCGAUUGUCCACAGCAGCGGCUACAUUGAGCCGCAUCCUCUUCCUGAUCAAACAGUCUGCCCCCUUUCUCAUUCGAAUAACUACCCCGCCAACGCGCCCGAGGCGCGGACAGACUACUACAACUCGUCCUCGCGCGGACAUGAUAUGGGCCGACUGGAGGCGCUUGUUGCGGUUGCGACAAGCGAGAACAAGGGCGCGACCAAGUUCUUUGCUUAG